AUGUCGAUCACUUGGGAUUCGAGCUUCAGUGCUGCAGGCGACCCCGUCUCACCCUUCGCCGCGCCACACGCGAGGGAGGUUGUGUGGUUGGAUGACGGGAAGCAUUUGAUCAAGAAGGGCGGCAGGGUCACGAUGUCGGCCACGGUGCAGCAUCAGUCGAGGGAGGUGCAUUUUGCCACAACCGAGAUACUGCUCUUCGCGGCGCUGUUGUUGCUGAGCUUCGGCAUCGUGUAA